CACUAAUGCACACAUAAUGUUUUGCAUGGGGUCCAUUGUGAGCUUCUCUUCCAAUAUAUAACAAACUAGUUAUUUUCUCUUUCUUCCCCAACCUUACCAUGGAGAAAAGCAGAUCAUUUCCAGAUUACUCACCCUCGUAUAUAGAAGCCAGGUUUGAGUUUGAGGACAGAACCAAGUCAUAUAGCUUCAACGGUCCAGGCGACAACCCAGAGGUCAAGAGGAGGAAGAGGGUAGCUGCCUAUAACCUGUACACCAUGGAAGGUAAGCUCAAAACCUCCUUGAGGAACAGCUUCAAGUGGAUCAAGAGCAAAUUCACAGAUACCUAUUAUGAUUCUUGAGCUAUCUGGGUUGAUAUUACUCUCCUCAAUCUUUUCUCUGCUGCUGAAUUAUCUAGUUGGAUUUUCUCCCUCAUCAAAAAUAUGUAUCAACUGUGUGUAUUUUAUUGAAAGUUGUGUGGCAAACAUGAAUUGGCGAGUGCUAUAUGUCUUGGAUUUCUUUUCAUCUUUGUUUUUUUUUUU